AUGACAUUUAGUGUGCUUGGCAUCAACCACGAACGCCUGGGGAUACCGGUCUUAGGUGAUGGCCAUUUUGGUUUGGGUUACCCAUCAGCCAGAAGGAGAUUAGGUGAUUCCUACAUUCUCAAUGUUUUAGCAGAACAGCAGCUGAUAGACUACAAGAGGUUCACUCUACUUUGUGUAUGUGCGGACCAUCGCAACGAUUUUGAACCUGACGCUCAAGUUGUGUUUGGGUCUCAUCACAAAAUCUACCCAGAAGAGUUUCACAUGGUACAAGCAGAUGUUAGUCAUGGAGGUUGGAAGAUUGAAGUACUUGGUCUCAGUACACUUGCAGGACAGAUUUCCUCGAUAGGAUUUACGGCAUCGCUUGACAGCACCACCUGGUUAAAAGGAUGA